GUGUGUGCCAGGAUAUAUAAAUAACGACUUCUCUCAAAGCAAUAUGGCGGCGCCCAGAAUGUAGUUUCGCAUGUGCAAUCCAACUAUGUAUCGUAGACUGUAAUUUCACCCCAGCUGUUGAAUUUUAUUGCAAACAAUGGCUGGGAGAGGCAGAGGACGCGGACGGAACGUUUCGUUUAAUGUGGAAGCGCUUGGAUUUGGCCGAGGAGAGGCGUUACCUGCUCCAAUAUUGCAACCUCCCCCUCUAUAUCCCCCAACAGACUUUAAGCCUGUACCUCUACUUCAAGGAGAAGAGUUUGAUUACAUGUUGGCCUUAAAACAAGAGUUCCGUGGAGUUAUGAAGAGGUCAGCAUUUUAUCAACAAACCUCUGCAAAUCGCAAGGACAUAGACAGAUACUCAGAUAAAUAUCAGCUGAACAGUGACACAGAUGGUAAAUGGGAACCAGACUGGAGAAGGUUCCCAGCAGAACUGAAAAUAACAAGCAAGAAAUCCAGAAAAGUUGGUUCGACAGUUCAACCUAACAUUCCUAAGAAAAAGAAAAAAAUAGACCAGAGUGAUGUAAAAAAGACUCUGGAGGAAUUAGAGAAAAAGGAGGAGAAGGGAGAUGAAAGUGACGAAGAUGAAAAUGAAGAUGAAAAGAAAAAUGAAGGGGAUGAAGAUGCAGAAGAGGAGCUUUAUGAAGAAGAUGAAAUUGAGGAGGAGACUGACUACCUCUUGUCUUACUUUGACAAUGGUGAGGAUGACAAUGGUGGGGAUGAUGAUGCUGAUGAGGGGCCAGUCUACUGAUCAUGAUGAUAUGUGUGUACCUAGUCGUAUGGAACGGAAACACUUUUUAUCCUCAGUUUGAUUUAAAAAAAAUAAGAUUAAUACUUUAGCUCAGACAUUCAAUGGAAUGGAUAUGUGUGGUCUUUGUCGGAUUGAAAAUGGAAUAAAUUUUCUUUAAUUCUUUGAAUUAAAGAUUAAGCUCACAUUUUCAAGAUCGCAUUCAGUUAAAAGUUCAGAUGUCUACCAGAAUGUUGCUGAUGAGAAAAUGUGAGAUUUCUCAAUAAUUUUCCAGGUAAUGGUACAUGUAGAUUUUUUUACGAGAAAUAGAAUGCUACCAAUUGAUUAUUUCUGGUAGAAUUUGUAUUUCAUCAUAUUAAUGAAAGAUGUUUGUUUUCAUGAAUAACUGGUGCAUUAAUAUACAUAUAGGUACGUUAACAUUACAGUGUAUUCUGGCAUCAAUGUACGCAGUAUAUUGUAAAUGUAACUCUCAUCCUGUACAUGUACAAUGAAGCUGGUGUCAUGAUGAUUGUUAGCCGAACAACACAAGAUUGUACGUGUUUUUGACUGAUGUUAUCAACCAACUUUUAUGAUGUGUUGAAUAUAUAAAUCAUGUUUUCAAA